GGUCAUUUUCUGUCUCUCCUGCCACGUCACUCCCGCGGCCAAAGGAAAGAAAGAGCCGCGCAGACGCCUGGAGGGAAGCCUCGGAGGGCGAGGGGCAGCUGGGGAGCCGCAAACACCUGGAGGAUGUGUCGCACCUCGGUGCACACUGCUAGGUGCCCAGGGGAAACUCCAUGGGGAUCCUCCGCGGUCGUGGAAGCCUUGAGAUUAACUCCCACUGUGUGGAGGUGCACAAGGACUAACCCAGAAAUAGUGGUAACGACACCCAGGAAAUCAUGAAUCAGGCAGAUAAAAAUCAACAAGAAAUCCCAUCCUACCUUAGUGAUGAACCACCAGAAGGUUCAAUGAAAGACCAUCCACAGCAGCAGCCAGGCAUGUUGUCCCGGGUAACCGGGGGUAUCUUCAGUGUUACAAAGGGGGCCGUGGGUGCCACCAUUGGAGGCGUGGCUUGGAUUGGUGGGAAGAGUCUGGAGGUGACCAAAACAGCAGUGACAACUGUGCCUUCCAUGGGAAUAGGGCUGGUGAAAGGGGGCGUGUCUGCUGUGGCUGGAGGAGUGACAGCUGUUGGGUCUGCUGUUGUCAACAAAGUGCCCUUAACAGGAAAGAAGAAAGACAAAUCAGACUAAAACACGGAGAGACCUUGCUCCUCACAGCACUAUGAUGCCAGUGGCAUUGAAUUGCUAAAUUAUAGACCUCAACCAAGUCACCUGUUUUGGACGUGUAUCUUCUAAACUGCUGUGUUGAAAGUAUUGAUGGCUUUCAUCUAUAAAGAAGAGACCAAUACUAGCACAGUAUAUGAAGGUUUCUCAUACUUAAGUUCCAGCUUUUUAUCUGGUAAAAUGUUACACUUACUCAGUUGUAACUGAAGAUAUGGUAUGUUUCAAUAUUUACUAUAAGUCUUUCAGUUUGACUAAAAAUGUGAAAGUUGAAUUCAGUAGAUGAUCUUUACAGUUCCAUAUGUACAUGUGCCAGGUAAUUCAUACACCCCUUAUACAAGGGACCUUGAACUCCAUAAACUGUACCUUUGACGUGCCUAAUAGCUUCAGAUGUCUUAGUUUUUUAUACCAUAGUUGUGUAGGCCAAGAGGCAUUCUUUCCUUGUUUUAGCUGGCAAAAAGUAGCAGGAAUUCAAAAUGUUUAAAAGAAAAGAUAAACGGUUCUAUGAUACUGUUAGUCAUCUUUUGUUGGACAUGUAUUCUGUUCAUUUACUCAUUAAUGCCUUACAAAAGAAAACAUCUUUUCUAAUACCUUCAGUAUAUGUAGUUCUUAGGAUUAUUGACCAGUUCUUUAAAAGGUUGUUCCCUGCUAUCUCUUGGGAUCCCGUCAUGAGUUAAAGGUAUUUCUUGCUGUCAGUGGGUAAGAUAGUGCUUGCUAACUGUUGUGUCAGUGGUUAAAAUCAAGUUGUACACUUCAGCUUGAGUUCAUACUCCAUUGUUAGUACAUUUUACAGUCCCUAAGGAACAUUGCUAAGCUGGUUGGAAGCUAUGAGUUUCAUAUUAAAGAACAGAUAUGAUUUUAAGUUCUUAGAAAUUACUCAGAAUAUCUGAGAUAGAAAAAAAACCCUUUACCCCACUUCUGUCUUUAGAAUGUCUUAAAUUAUCAGCAGCUGUCUCUUAAAAAUACAGAAACAACUAUAAAUAUGUGAGGACUGACUUAAAUUGAGCAAAAUUGGCCCCAUGUAUUAGUUUUGAAUGUAAAAUAUAAAUGCUUUCAAAAGGCUUUAAAAUACAUGAUAGUCCUUCAAAGCUGCUGUGGACAUGGUACCAUUUUUCAGGUCAGUUUCAAGCAGGAAACUUACAUUUUUCAGUAUGGGUGAUCAGUGUGACAUGUCUUAAAAUGUGCCAUCACAUCUGUCAUUCUCAAAGAUGACUUAGCUAGAAUUUUUUUGGUUUGGUGAAAAUUUAACAACUGGCGGGUAUAUUUGGCAUUCCUUUUAACUGAGGGUUCUGGUCCAAGUCAGAAAAAUCUUCAUAUUUUUUCUUUAUGUCUGGAGAUUUAUCUCCUCUGCCCCUCAUAAAUUUCAUGGAGGAAGAAAGGGGUGAUGUCCUGAAAUCAAGCCAAAAUGUAGAGAACCUGAACAAAUCAACCUAACACCUGAGCCUUCCAGUGUUUGCUUGUAGCCACUAAAUGGUAUUAUUAAUAAUACAUAGGCGAGUGGAUAAGAAUGUCACUUUUAAAAACUUCCAGAAGUGUCAGCAGAGAUUUGAACAAAUCUACAAAAGGUUCUUGAACUUUUUCCUGCUUAUUUAAAACUUACAAGUCAUUAAGGACUUCAGUUCACAAGGAAUUAGUCAUUUAUUUCAUGGUAGUAUGGUUAGGACAUUUGUUGGUCUAUUCGGUCAGAUUUCUUAAUUAACAAAUGGGACUGUUUUUUAAAUUCCAAAGUUAACAGACAAAUAGUAAAUGAUCUAAAUAAUGGUAUUGGAAAAUUUGUUUCCUGCUGUUUAGAAGGAAUACUGCUUUGGUGCUCGUUUGUAUUUCUAAUUUAUCUUCUGUAGUCAUAGGCUCUGCUGUGCUUUGUACUUGAAUUUUUUUCUAUUUUUUUUCUAACUUACUAUAUGCUUGCAUAUUUAUUUUCAACUUUGCUUGUCUUUAAUAUUGCUUGAGAAAAAAAGGCUAUAAUUAUAGUUUUCUGCUACAGAAAAGCUACCCUGGUAUAUUUUAUCUCAUCACGAUUGUUUUAAAUUCUAAACUACAACUUUGUUCGGAGGGACUUCUGCAAUAAUAGCAGACGACUGUCCAAAAGUACAGUCAGAUAAAACUUUUUAGUGGAAUGAACUUGCCAUCUGAUGACAUGUACAGCUGUAUACGUGAGUCUUUUCCAGUUUAUUUACAUAGACUAGCGAUUUGACCUGUUAAACAGGACUAGUUCACUUGAAGAAACUAUGGUUGUUGUAUACACCUGGAGGCAUCUGUUAUUCAGCUUGUUUUUUGAGUGGGUAUUUGGCACAACAAAGAUAAAUUUGUGUCACCCACUUAAGUGACUGAUCUAAUAAUAUCAACAUUAUGAAUCCUGUACUUAGUGAAAUGUCAGAUGAAAAUAAUUGAAUAAUGUUUUUUUUGUAUUAAAAGGGAUGGGAAAAGAACACAUAAAUCUGUUAAUAGAGCACUAUGAUCUGUAAAGUUGGAAUGCUUCAUGAAGAUCUAAAGAAAUAAAAGAAAUUUUAAAACAGGGUAAUCUUAGAACUUUUAGUUAUAUAGUUCAGACAGUGCCAUAGCCAGUUCUCAAUUUUUGUGAUAAUGUACAUACAUGACAUCCUGGAAUAAUAUGUAUUUUGAUGCCAACACAACAGUAAAAUACAAAUAUAUUUAUAUCAACUUAAUAAAGAUUAAAAUGCA